AUGCCUCACAGUAACACCCAGACAGAACUCGAUCACCUGUACUACUCCUGGAUAAUGAUAAACAAGAGGAUCAUUGACAAGAAGCGGGUAGCAGAGAGGAUCUUGAAUCACGCUCUGGGAAUCAUCUACCUACUGACUGGAGAGGUAAGAAAUUUAAUAUAUCACUGUGACUUUAAAGAGCAGUCACUAAGUGAGACACUAUUGUAGCAGAGCUCCUUCAUCUCGGCUGGAUAGCUCCCUGGAAGAUGCGUUGUUGAGUGAAUAUAGCCCCCCAUGUACCAGUAACCAGACGACACAUGAUUCUGGAAGUAUAUCUGAUUUUAUUGGAAAUAACGCAUUCUUAUAUAGAUGGAGCCCCAGCAUGAGAUCUCUAUACGAAUUACGAAGCAUACAUGAUCCCACUUUGGCAUCUGUGUCUGGGAGAAAAUUAGGUUAGCCCUCGCUUAAAUCGAUUUAUCUCCUAGAGGCUAACAUAAAAUACCCCAAAAAACACAAUAAAACAGGCAGGAACCCCCACAUGUGAUACAUCACUGGAUAGCUGUGAUCGGAGGACCCAUUUUGGUAAAAUAGCACUCGGAUCCAUAAAGAAUUGCCAAAUCACCACCAGGGUAAAGAUUUGACUGGCCGCUAUCAAAGUCUACGCCGAAAAGAGUUUCAGAGCAAUUAUUUCUUUUGCCAGUCAAAUAUCAUGAGCUACUGCGGCCUGACGAAUUGGUGCUCCCCCUGGCUCUCAGGGAAAGAUUGUUCAGUUUAGUCUUUUGUACCUCCCCUCCAAUUAGCACUCUCCUGGCUUGCUGGGAAGUUGGGGAAAACCAGUGCUGAAGGCGGACCAGGCCAUGUGAGUGACCACGGCCAAGACAGAGUUCCAGAGAAAUAAGGCUACAUCUUUCUACAGUCCUCGCAGUUAACCCCAGCUCCCUGGAAUCAUUUGCCAGCCCUGAGGAGAGGCACUUUUGAGUACAAAACAUGGAGUGUUAGGUGGUGAGAGCCAAGGAUAGUGAUAUGUCUUUUGGGGAAGAAUUUGGGAGGUGGAAUCCUAGUUUGCCACAAGUCACAAACCUAUAAUGAAAUACUGCAGGUAAGCUUACUUUCCUUACCCACUGCUUGUCUUCUGUUUCCCUCUGGCAACAAAUUUAUAAAUGGAGAAAAAAUAUUGACUGUAACCUACAAGGAUCUUCACAAAGUGCAUUUCUUCUCCAAUUUUCAAAUGUCUUAUUUCUCAACAAUGUUGCUCUGCCAGUAACCGUUUUAUGUACUCUGUUUGCACCCGCACUCUCACACAACUUUUUAAGGGAAUGCUGUAACCAAAAUAUGUGUUUUUACUCCUUACAGUGACUUUAAUGCUUAAAUCUUACAUGCCUCCUUGUUGUGCAGGAAUAUGUUGUCAUAAAGAAGACGUCCCCCAGUAGUAGCAUUCACCUGGCUACUGGAGAG